AUGUCUCCAGCUACUGUUGGUUCUACUUACGCGACGGACCGAGAUUACUUCCUUUUCGUUCUACAGUCUCAGAUCGCAAAGCUUCGAGUUAACCCCAGUGGGCGCUCUAGGGUGCUCCAAGGGCUUAGAGAGCUUUCUCAGCUAAUGUCUCAAUACAUUGAGGCUUCAUAUAGCGUCAGUGACACUCCAUUCUAUGAUAGUUGCUGGACUUUUCAGCCUGUCCUCGACAGCGCGAUCGCCACUCUAUCUGAAGACAGUGAUCCCUUCACUGGAGAUAUGGUUGCCGAACAGCUCGAGAAAGCAUUUUCCUGGGAGAAUCCGACCUCGUGGUAA